UAUAAACUAAACUUUCGGUGAACCCAGUGAAGCAUGUCCAGUGCCCAAGUGUCGCAACAGCCGCCUCCUCCGCAAAACAGCUCAAUGCCGUCGCAAUUGGUGCUGAGCCACAUUCAGCACCACAGCAGCAGCAGCAGCAGUCUGCACCACCAGCGCAGCAGCCACCAGAGAUCAUCAGCCUCGCCGCCCACUGCCCAGGACUACGAUCAGGGCAGCAAUCAAUCGACCCUCUCGCCCAGAUCCCAGAUAACUCCCAGCCCGCCGGCAGCGAGUCCUACCCACUCGGCGGCCACCACAGGCUCACCGCUCAGCGCCUACGCUCCCGGUUUGAGUCCCGGUGGUGUCCAGGACAACAGUCAAACGGAUAGUAGUCACAGUCAGGCUCAGAUGCCCCUGCUAGUGGCUCCCCUGCCAGUGGGUGCUGUGGGUCCACCGCCGCCACCACAUGCACGGCUAUAUGUAGAGGGUUUCCCGCCAGCACCACCACCGCAUCAUGUGCCGCAUCCUCAUCCCGCCCUGGGUGCCUAUCCCCUGCCACGACUUCCCUUGAUGAUGCCGGGCAAUCCCGCUGCUCCACCACCACCACCUGGAGCCACUGCACCACCGCCCAGUUCCCCACAGCCCGCUGGCAAUCACCUGAGCCACAGUGGAGCAACCACAACCACUCUCCUGCCACCCGCCCAAAGUCAGCCCAAAAAGUCCUUCUGCAUCGACGCUCUGCUGGCCAAGAGUCAGCACCAGACGGGCGAGCCACAGCCCAUAAUUGUGGACGAUCGCCUGGCUGCACUGCACUAUGCCCGGGAUCAGGCGGAACUCAACCACGCCUUCGUGACCGCCUCCAAUGCUGCGGCGGCUGCUCAGGCCGCUGCCUCAGCCGCCGGCGGAAUCAGCGAACAGGAGGCUCUGCAGCGCAUCCGGGACUCCAGGGAGUACGAUUCGCCCAGUCCCGACGGCAUGUCGAGAUCUGAAUCGCCGAGUUCGUCGCAUCGCUCCAGUCCGCCCAUUAGUCCCGGUUGUGAGGAUCAGCAGCCCCACGGUGGAAUGCAUCCCCAGCACCUGUCCAUGCGCAUGUCCGACUUCCAUGACGAGUUCAAGAAGCCCAUUCCCCCGCACAGUCCCAUUAGACCCCAGGAUUUCCCACUCUACGCGGGCGGUCAUCCCUAUCAACUGCUGGCGCAGGGUGGAUCCGCCUUCCACAGACCUCUGGAUCCCUCUGGCAAACCCAUUCCGAUACCCAUGGGUCAUAAUUUCAUGCCCUCACAGCUGCAAUUCGAGUUCCUGGCCCGCGCUGGAAUGCUGCACCAUCGAAUCCCCGAAUUGGCCGCCUAUCCGCAUCAUGCGAUUCUGGGCAAGACCCGCCGACCAAGAACCGCCUUCACGUCCCAGCAGCUCCUGGAGCUGGAGAAGCAGUUCAAGCAGAACAAGUAUCUGAGCCGGCCCAAGCGAUUCGAGGUGGCCAGCGGACUGAUGCUGUCCGAAACGCAGGUGAAGAUCUGGUUCCAGAACCGACGGAUGAAGUGGAAGCGGUCCAAGAAGGCCCAGCAGGAGGCCAAGGAGAGGGCCAAGGCCAACCAGCAGCAGCAGCAACAGCAGCAGACUCCCAGUGCCGCCAGUUAGGAGGAGCAGGAUUAAGGAGGAGGAUCUGGAGUAGCAGUCCAGUCCAAUCUAGUCAUGCCGCGAUCAAACCGCCGUCCCACCAUCAAAACGAGACACCCUGUUUCCUUAGCCCCAGUUUUUCGCUUCAUUUGCGCAAUCGGUUGAAAUCUUUUUCGGGUUUUUUCACAUCGAUUUCGAUUUAUUAUUUUUAUUUCGUGCCACAACAACUGGCCACCGUGUGAUAUAUGUAAACAAGAAAUAUAAAUUAAAUUCAUUAGCCCCCCUCACUCUUAGCCCCUGUAUGUACAUAAACAUAAAUCUAAAUAGGAACACGCAAAUAAAUAACAAAAUAAACAUAAAUCUAAACUAAAUGAGUAAUGCCUAAGUAAAUAAAUUACAUUAAAUGCGAUUAGUUUAGUUGGUAAUUUGUAAU